GUGCCCAGAGUUAAGCACAACAGCUGUGUAAUUUGUAUAUAAACACAUAAACUAAACACACACAAUCAUCCGAGCAGGCAGCUUGAUAAGCGAUUUACAGUUACAGAUCCAGCACGCAAUUCCCGGCCAAUUGAAAUUAUUUCAAAGAGCGGAGAGCGCGAGAGCGGAGGCGACACCAAGUAAAACACACGCACGCAAGCGAACUUGCAGCGUUCUUUGUUGCAAAUUACCGUUGGGGGCCCCCUUUCCCUCCCCUCCGCGAACCAUUCCAUUGGGCCACUGAUCGAUCGUGGAUCCACCAGCCAUUAGUUUCCAGCCAGUGCUCCGAUGCAGACGUCUCGCUGAGGAAAAGAUCAACAAAUCGCUGGGACUGGAAAGGAGCUCACAACCAUGUCGGCGGUCAACCAAAAGGAAAGCCCCAGUCGGGAUUCCACGGCGUCCACAUCCGGACACAUCUCGAUGUUGGCGGAUAACACAUUGGAGUCGCUUUCGCGGGACUACAGCUUGGGCAGCCUCAAUUCGGCCGGCAGCCAGGACGAGUUCUUCCGGUGCCGCGACCAUGCAGACAACAUCCUCAAGCGGAUGCAGCUCUACGUGGACAGCCAGCAGCUGUGCGAUGUGGUUCUCAUCGCUGGAAUCGAUGGAAAGCGAGUGCCCGCCCACCGACUGGUGCUAUCGGCGUCGAGCGCCUACUUCUCGGCCAUGUUCACGGGAUCGCUGCGCGAGACCAAGGAGCAGGAGGUGACCCUCGGCGAGGUGCAUGGGGACGCACUGCACCUGCUGGUCCAGUAUUGCUACACCGGCUUCAUCGAGAUGCGCGAGGACACCGUGGAGACGCUGCUGGCCACCGCCUGUCUGCUGCAGCUGAACGCCGUUGUCACCGCGUGUUGCAACUUCCUGGCCCGCCAGCUGCAUCCCUCGAACUGCCUCGGAUUCGCCUUCUUUGCGGAGCAGCAGAGCUGCACGACGCUGCUGCGUUUGGCGCAGGCGUACACCUGCCAGUACUUCAUGCAGGUGUGCCAGAACCAGGAGUUCUUCCAGCUAAACGCCGAUCAGUUGGGCAAGCUGCUGUGCAGCGAUGAUCUCAAUGUGCCCUCCGAGCAGGAUGUCUUCCACAGUCUGAUGUCGUGGGUGCGCCACGAUUCCACGGCCCGCGAACAGCACAUCCCGGAGCUGUUGGCCCUGGUGCGUCUGCCCCUGCUUCAGCCCGCCUUCAUCAUGGAUCACGUGGAGAACGUGUGCAACGCCAACGAGUGCCAGCAGCUGGUGAUGGAGGCCUUCAAAUGGCACCUGAUGCCCGAGCGACGGUCCCGGAUAGCCACCGAGCGGACCACGCCUCGCAAAUCCACGGUGGGCCGCCUGCUGGCUGUUGGGGGAAUGGAUGCCCACAAGGGGGCCAUCAGCAUCGAGAGCUACUGCCCGCGCCUGGACAAGUGGACACCGUGGAAGCACAUGACCGGUCGUCGUUUGCAAUUCGGCGCCGCUGUCAUGGAGGACAAGCUCAUCCUGGUGGGCGGACGCGAUGGCCUGAAGACCCUCAACACUGUGGAGAGUUUGGACCUGAACACGAUGGCCUGGGCGCCGCUGAAUGCCAUGGCCACGCCCCGCCAUGGUCUGGGCGUGGCGGUGCUGGAGGGACCUCUGUAUGCGGUCGGUGGUCACGACGGCUGGAGCUACCUGAACACAGUGGAGAGAUGGGAUCCCAUUGCCCGGACUUGGAGCUAUGUUGCACCUAUGUCCUCGAUGCGAUCUACUGCCGGCGUGGCUGUCCUGGGCGGACGUCUAUAUGCGGUGGGCGGACGCGAUGGUUCCGUCUGCCAUCGUUCCAUAGAGUGCUACGAUCCGCACACCAACAAAUGGAGUCUUCUGGCGCCCAUGAACAGAAGGCGUGGUGGAGUGGGUGUCACGGUGGCCAAUGGUUUCCUUUACGCUCUGGGUGGCCACGACUGUCCAGCCAGCAAUCCGAUGGUCUGCCGCACGGAAACAGUCGAGCGCUACGAUCCAGCCACUGAUACCUGGACAUUGAUCUGUUCGCUGGCUUUGGGCCGGGAUGCGAUUGGAUGUGCCCUGUUGGGCGAUCGACUGAUCGUCGUCGGCGGCUACGAUGGCAAUCAUGCGCUGAAGAGCGUCGAGGAGUACGAUCCGGUGCGCAAUGGAUGGAACGAGCUGGCGCCAAUGGCCUUUGCGAGGGCCGGUGCCUGUGUGGUGGCCAUUCCGAAUGUCAUACCGCCCGCGGCCCAACAGCCGCCGCCCAGUGCUACAGUUUAGUCUAAACCCACUCCACUUUCGGUUGCAGUGUAGGCACGCUGAGUGCAUCGCUAGGGGUAUUUUAGAAUCCAAUGCAUUUAUUGCAAGGCCAAACUUUGUUUUUAGACUGCAGUUGAACACAGUUAUUCAGAAAGAUAGUUGGUUAGCUAAUUUUAAACCUUUAACAAUUGUAUAGAACUCUAAAUUUAAAUGGCACAAUUAAUUUUCAUAAAAAUUUCAUAAAAUCUAACUUUAUUUUAGAGAAUGAAAACAAAGAUACGUUUAGAAUGAAAGACAUUUCCACUAAGCAGGAACUUUAUUUUGUGCAUGUUAUUAUAAAUACAUAUUAUUAUUUUUAUAUGCAAUGGCCAGGAAAAAAUCAUUGCAAGAAAUUUAAAAAUAUGAUUUUAAACUAUACAACAUUUUAUUGCCGUAUUUUUAGUGAGAAAAACACAACGAAAAUAAUGUUUAGAUUUAUCUGCAUUUUAGUCUGAAAGCGAUGCACUUAGCGAAAGUACACUGCACCCAAUUCUAUAGUAGUUGUUGUUACUGUUGCUGUGAGCUGCUCGUGGUUGUUGCUCGUGUUCCUUAACCCGGCCAGUUUGAAAAUGCAGCUCACCCUCGCCUCGCCUCGCCCUCGUCUGUGUUCUGACAUACAUAGUUCCCUUGGUAUGGCAUACACCCAAAAUUCACCGAACAUUCCACACACCCAGUAUUCCUGUAAACCCCACUUUUCCCGGCUGUUAUCCUAUCUAAAUCUAAUAAGUAAACGAAAAAAGACGAAAAUAACAAAGACCCAGUGAAAUCUCAUAGAUUUUAAGAAGUGCAUGCUGCGAGGCUUCCAAGCUAAAAACGAUCCUUAGCUGUAAUUAACCAACGUAUUCCAUACGAUCCUUAUAGAUUGUAACCAUUUUUCAUCCCACUCACUUUAUAUGGUGUCGUACGCUUCACACACUGCAUGACAUCUCGAUCGCACCGGUGACGGGCCCACAUUCCAUCGAUACUCUCUAUAUCCCAUGUAUCGUGUAUACAUAUGUAUAUCCUAGAUAAGACUGCGCCAAGCCAAAAUUAUAUCCUCCCCCAAAAAAAGAAUUGCUCAUUUUUGCAUGUGAAGUGUGCGAGACCAUUUCAAAAUUAAACGAAAACAAUCAAAAAAGACAGCUGCAUAUGCUUAGUUUUAGUUAGUAAAUUACGUAUUCCAUGGAAUGAUUAAAUUUCAACUUCUGCAUUCAUUUUGUACCGAUAUUAGCCAGUAAAUACUAGAUGUGUGUGUGCGUUCAGCGAGCAUUUAUUUCUAAUUGUUUAUUAUGUUUUUAUUUCUUUCUUUUCCCCUUUUUCCUUUCGAUUGCAUUUAAAAAAUAAAGAAAAAGAAGAAGUGGAAGCCAGUGAGAUUGGAUCCAAUCUGCUAUAAUAGGCGUCCCAGAUCUGUCGAGUUUGUCGACUACUAUAACAUGUAAAUGCAAGACAGACAAGACAACAAACAAAACAAACUAUAAACAUUUAAGCCAAGCUACGAAAAAAACACAAGAAAACAUACGAAGAUAAAAAAAAAAAAAAAAAAAAAAAAAUGAAUCCAAAUAUUACGUAUUAUUUUAUAUUUACACAUAUAUAUAUUUUUACACAAAACAUACACUGCAUAAAUGUAUACACUGGAUAUGUAUUUUUUGUAAUAAAAAAAUAAAAUAAAAUGGUUAACUUUUGUGCAGUUGCAAAAUUCGGCCAACGAAA